AUGGACUCGCACCAACAUUUUGGAUUUGGUGUGACUGGUGCAGGAUUUUCAUAUACAGCUCCACAUUCCACUGUUCCAUCUUUACCUACAAGGUUACUGGGGUCACUGAAAUUUGAUAUAGGGAAUUCACCAAAUUCACCCUUUUCUACUCACUUUGAUUCUGAUACCCUUACUACACUGAGUGACGGUCAGGAGCAGCACAGCUCCACAGAGAAUCUCUCAGGAGCUAGCCCUUCCUGUAACUCUUCAUUUGAAACAAACAGUUACAUUCAUCAAUUAAGCUUCAGUCCUUCUGUGGACUGUCGUCGAGACAGUCUGCAGCUCUAUUCUGGCAGGUCUUCUUUAUUACAGGAUGCAAAUUCUAGCCAGAAUAUAAAACACGCUUUGCAGGAACUGGAGAGUACUUUAAUGGGGCCUGACAAUGAAGAAGAAGAAGUCACCACACCGAACACUUCUUUUGGAGAAAGUAGCAAGCAGCAGACACAGAGGUCCACUUCAUGGAUCCAGGAGAUCCAGGAGCACCAGGGUUCACCUGUAGUUCAACGUCAGACAUCUUUUGUCUCUAGGCAAAGGCAGUUGUGUGAAUUUCAGAUUGAGAAACGUCACAAAGUAAUAGAUGAAGGGUCUCUAAAGGGUUUACCAGCAGAUAAUCUGAAGGAAUUGCUGAUUGCAUGUGCUGGAGCUCUCUCUGACAACAACAUUGAUAGUUUUGAUAAGUUGAUUGAAAAGGCUAGAGGGGCUGUGUCUGUCAGUGGAGAACCAAUCCAGCGACUUGGAGCUUACUUGGUAGAAGGGCUGGUAGCAAGGAAGGAGGCAUCGGGUGCCAAUAUUUACCGUGCCCGGAGGUGUAGAGAGCCUGAAAGCGAUGAUUUGCUCUCAUACAUGCAGAUUCUGUAUGAGAUCUGCCCCUAUUUAAAGUUUGGUUACAUGGCAGCCAAUGGGGCCAUUGCUGAAGCCUGCAGAAAUGAGGACCGCAUCCACAUUAUAGACUUCCAGAUUGCUCAGGGAACCCAGUGGGUGACUCUCCUUCAAGCACUUGCAGCAAGACCCGGUGGGGCACCCCAUGUACGGAUUACAGGUAUUGAUGAUCCUCUUUCUCUAUAUGCCCGUGGUGAUGGAUUGGAGGCAGUUGGGAGACGGCUGAAAGCUAUCUCUGAGAAAUUUAACAUCCCAGUUGAAUUUCAUGGACUGCCAGUUUUUGCACCUGAUGUCACACAGGACAUGCUUGAUGUCAGGCAUGGAGAGGCUCUUGCUGUGAACUUUCCCCUGCAGCUUCAUCACACACCAGAUGAGAGUGUUGAUGAGAACAAUCCGAGGGAUGGGCUGUUGAGAAUGGUAAAGUCACUAUCUCCAAAAGUGACCACUUUGGUGGAGCAAGAGUCAAACACAAACACAACCCCUUUCUUCAAUAGGUUUGUGGAAGCUCUAGAAUACUACUUGGCAAUGUUUGAGUCUAUUGACGUGACCCUGCCAAGGAACAACAAGGAGAGGAUCAACGUGGAGCAGCAUUGUCUGGCAAGAGAUAUGGUGAACGUCAUUGCUUGCGAGGGAAAGGAAAGGGUGGAACGCCAUGAGCUCUUUGGCAAGUGGAAGUCCAGGUUGACAAUGGCAGGGUUUCAGCAAUACCCAUUGAGCUCAUAUGUCAACUCUGUCAUAAGGAGUCUGCUGAGGUGUUAUUCGGAGCAUUACACGCUGGUGGAGAGGGACGGGGCUAUGCUGUUGGGAUGGAAGGACAGGAACUUGAUAUCAGCUUCUGCCUGGCAUUGA